GUAGCUUUAUGUGGUUUUGAUUCCACUGAUAUAGUCAUGAAGAGAAAGAUUCUAUCAUUUGAAUUUUGUGUUUGUUUUGUUUCGCUUUCAGAAAGUCCAGAAAGGUGUGUCAGUUCUUGGAGCAUAAAUGGGAUUUUUUCUAAGGUUUUUUUAACCUUUGCUGGUGGUGCUUCCAUGAUUCUUAAACCUGAGAACUACCUUGUCCCAUCACAGCCUCAUUACAAUGUUGAUCUACAAAGCAUUUUGGUCAACGGUCAAAAGUUGACCAUUCACCCAACUGCUUUCGCCACAGAUAACCAAGGAACCAUUGUUGAUACAGGAAGAAUUACAGCCAUGUUGAUACAGAUCAAAAUGAUGGAUGUUUUCAUGGGGAUUAAAAUCUUGUCUGAUUUAGGUUGGAAGUUUAGAUGGAAGAAUUACAGCCAUGGGGAAACAAAUACAAAAGGUUUCACAAGCCUGCAGAUUGUAAUAACAGGAAAAGCAAAGGAAAAUUGA